GGGACAGCGCGGACAUGGUGGUUUAUCCGCCGCUCUAACUUCGAUAUCUCCGCCUCCCUUCACCCCCCUACUCACUCAUUAACUCCUUCCUCCCCUGCUCCUCCCCAACGGACAUCCCAAAGCUCUCUCUCUCUCUCUCGCGCGCGCCCUCAGAUCUCUCUCCCUCAUUCGUUGCUUCGACAAUGCAGUCCUCUCUCUCCCUCUCCUUCUCCCAGGGCUCCUCCGCCGUGGCUCUGGCCCCGAGAUCGCGCCUCUCUCCCGACUCCCUCCCCCUAGCCUCUCCGGCGGCGCCGGCGAGCCUCAGGUUCUGCGGCCUCAGGCGCGAGGCCCUUGGAUUCAGCUCCCUCAGGAAGUCAGGCUGCGGUGCCAGCGGGAGCGUCCUCGUGGCGAGCCAGAACCGCGCUCCCGGGCGAGUCUCGGCCUCCGCCUCUGACAAUGGAAGCGCUCCGAAGUCGUUCGACUACGACCUCGUCAUAAUUGGAGCUGGCGUCGGCGGACAUGGAGCCGCACUUAAUGCCGUGGAAAUGGGUCUGAAAACUGCCAUCAUUGAAGGUGAUGUUGUGGGAGGAACAUGUGUGAACAGAGGUUGUGUUCCUUCCAAAGCCCUGCUGGCAGUAAGUGGUAGGAUGAGGGAACUUCAGAGCGAUCAUCACUUGAAGGCUUUGGGUUUGCAGGUUGCAGCUGCUGGGUAUGACAGACAAGCGGUGGCUGAUCAUGCAAAUAAUCUUGCUUCGAAAAUACGGAACAAUUUGACGAAUUCCAUGAAGGCACUUGGCGUAGAUAUUCUUACUGGUGUUGGCACAGUUUUGGGCCCACAAAAAGUGAAAUAUGGAAAGGACAACGUGAUUACUGCAAAGGAUAUAAUCAUCGCUACUGGCUCUGUGCCUUUUGUCCCCAGGGGCAUCGAAGUUGAUGGGAAGACUGUUAUCACUAGUGACCACGCUCUGAAGUUGGAGUCUGUGCCUGAUUGGAUAGCCAUUGUUGGAAGUGGUUACAUUGGUCUUGAAUUUAGUGAUGUGUAUACUGCACUUGGAAGUGAGGUAACAUUUAUUGAAGCUCUAGAUCAGCUUAUGCCUGGAUUUGAUCCUGAAAUUGGCAAAUUGGCCCAAAGAGUUCUGAUAAAUCCACGGAAGAUUGAUUAUCACACAGGAGUCUUUGCUAGCAAGAUCACCCCAGCAAAGGAUGGCAAACCAGUCACCAUAGAGCUUAUCGAUGCUAAGACCAAGGAACCAAAAGACACAUUGGAGGUAGAUGCAGCACUCAUUGCAACUGGGCGGGCUCCAUUUACUCAAGGUCUUGGCUUGGAAAACGUCAAUGUAGUGACGCAACGUGGAUUUGUUCCCGUAGAUGAACGUAUGCGAGUAAUUGAUGCAAAUGGGAAUUUGGUUCCUCACUUGUACUGUAUCGGUGAUGCAAAUGGUAAAAUGAUGCUUGCUCAUGCUGCUAGUGCACAAGGAAUUUCAGUGGUUGAACAAGUGACUGGAAAGGAUCAUGUGCUCAAUCACCUCAGCAUCCCAGCAGCUUGUUUUACGCAUCCUGAAAUCAGUAUGGUGGGAUUAACUGAGCCACAAGCAAGAGAAAAAGCAGAAAAGGAGGGAUUUGAAGUGAGUGUUGCAAAGACAAGCUUCAAGGCCAACACAAAAGCCCUAGCAGAAAAUGAGGGGGAAGGACUCGCAAAGUUGAUAUACAGACCAGACAAUGGAGAGAUACUUGGCGUCCAUAUAUUCGGGCUGCACGCUGCUGACCUCAUCCACGAAGUAUCAAAUGCAAUUGCUCUAGGGACACGUAUUCAUGAGAUAAAAUACGCUGUUCAUGCACAUCCGACCUUGUCCGAGGUGGUAGAUGAACUGUUCAAAUCGGCAAAGGUCCACUCUCAAGCUCCCAGUCCAGUAAGUGAACCAGUCGCAGUCUGAUAAGAUUUUCAUCGAAAUCCGAGUAUAGGUUUUUUUUGAAGGAAUGUGCUUGUGUUAGGGAGAUUCAACAAACUAUUCAGCCUCCGACAGGAUAGAUGAUCAGCGUAAGAGCCACCUUGUCAAAUGGAACACGGACUCGGCGAGUAAGUCGCGGAAGUCCUGGCUUGAAAGGAUCAAGGCUUCAAUGGUGCCCUGGCUUAUUGAUUUUGCUAUUUGUUGCCUCACAGAUGUACUUUUGUCCCUUAUCUAUUCGCCAUGGAGAGACAUAUUCUCGAAUUUUCUUUAGAAUUGGACAUGAUAUGCAAUAAGAAAGCUCUCCUUAUCGUUGGCAAUUUUAGAA